CUUUGGUGUUUUUGCUCUCUCACUCAUCUCUCUCACCUGGUCAUGCGCAUUACUAAUUCAACUCAACAGUUACCAUAACUGCGUGUUUUGCCACAACAAAUUUUUUUGAGUGGGUCUCACAUAUCUGCAUAGUAAAUCCAUUUAUGAAAAAAAAAUUUAAAAAAUUGAGGCCAGCAUACAUGCCACAUUAAUUUUUAAUGGUGGGUCCUACAAAAUUUCCUCAUAAAAAAAAAUUUAAGAACAUUUUAAAGUUUUUUAAAGGUUUAAGGUUAUUAAGAGUUAAAAUUAGAAGUCUAGGGAUUAUUUUUGUUAUUUUUUGUUAUUUUUUGUUAUUUAACCAGUUAGAGUUAACAGGGUUAGCAAUAGAUCUAUUAACGGACCUAAUGGUUUCCACCCCAUCAAGACCUUAUUUGAGAAUCAUGACAACUUUAGGGCCUUAAUCGAGUGUCAUAAAAUUUUGGAACCUAACUGCAAAUUUGGUGUAAGUUGGCGACCUUAUCUGUUACUUUAGCCUUAUUUAUAUCCUUUUUCUUUUUCUUUAAUUCUUUAUUUAGUUAAAAAAUGAUUGUAACAACAAAUUGAUUUAUAUGGAGAUGAGAUUAUCAAGGGAAGGAGGAAUUUAUACCUUUAUUACGAUAAAUGGAUUAAUUAUAACGAAAAAAAGGUAUCAUAUGGCAAUUGAAAUUAUUGGCUUUGGGGCUUUGAUGUACUAGCAUUUUUUUGUAGGAAGUAAUAUAUACAAGAGAGACUCUGACUUUUUUUUUUUUAAUUUUUUUUAACAGUUAAUGUGUUUUUAGAGCAGUUUUUACAUAUUUCAAUACUAAUUCCUCGAUAAGUGAUUUCUUGUUUUCUAUAUGCACUUAUUUCAAACCAUAAAUAUGUUACACGCAAAUUUUAAAACCUUAAAUCUUUAUGUGAAUCAACCCUAAAUCACAAGUAACUAAAUUUUAAUUUUCCCUAUACCACUUCAUCUAAACACAUGUAACUCUAUUGUUAUGGGAGAAGGUUGUGACACGACAAUGUUAAAAAAUAAGUCAUAAAUAAUUAUCAUUCAUUGUUAAUAAUAAUAACUUGUAAGAGAUGUUGAGUUUGAAUAGCAUGAUAUGUAGGAUGGAUUUUAAAGUGAGGAAGCAUAUCAAUUAUUUUGUGAAAAAUGGUUUAAUUUUUAAUAUAAUUAAAAUAAUACCUAAAGUGAUUUUUUGAACACAAUCCUUGAAAUUCUUAUCCCCGUCAUGAAUGAUCGCCAAUAUAAUCUUGCUAACUUGAAUAUGAUCAGUAAAGUCUGGCUAUUAGACUAUAGUUAUACCGGUGGGGUUAUGAAUAUGUGUUAGCUGGUUCUAUCUAUGACACCUGUGUGCAAUACAAUUUGGGGUUAUUCAAUACAAUUUGGGGUUCUUAGGCAUUUGAGGGAGAGAUAGCUGAUCUCCUAAUUUUCUUCUUGUUUUGUGAACUAUUCGGAAUUACAAGAAGAAUAUUAAUUUCAGGAAAAAAGAGUUUGUUUGAAAAGAAGUUGUUUGAUUUAAUUCAUUCAAAGUAGAGUCCUUAUUUUAAUUUCACAGACUGGUGUUUUAACCCAUUGCAUUUCCCUUGAAAUACGGUACGCAAGUGAUUUUAUCAUUAGAACCGACAACAAUGAUGUGUUUAGUGGAAGAGAUGGCAAGUUAGUCAGGGUCUUCCACUAAUAAACAGGAUUCAUAUGUCCAACUGUUAGGAUUGUUCUUGAAGGGUCAGCUGAGAAAGCACGCAGCCUAAGGACAGUUGGCGGCGCCGUACUGAAAUAUACUAAUUAAGAGGUUAGUAACCAAAUUAUUAAUCAUGAUCAAGCUUAAGUUCAGUUUCUUCUACAAAUUUUCUCUAGCUCUCCACCACACAGCUCCACACUAGUUUUUGGUCUUGAAUCAAUAUCUUAAGUUGAG